AUGCUUUCAGCAACUAAACAAUCAUUUAGGACUUUACAGAUAAGAACAAUGUCUACGAAUAUCAAGCACUACGAUUAUCUCGUUAUCGGGGGUGGCUCAGGAGGUGUUGCUUCCGCAAGGAGAGCUGCAUCUUAUGGUGCGAAGACCUUACUAGUGGAAGCUAAGGCACUUGGUGGCACCUGUGUUAACGUGGGUUGUGUCCCUAAGAAAGUCAUGUGGUAUGCUUCUGACCUGGCUACUAGAGUAUCUCAUGCAAAGGAGUAUGGAUUAUAUCAGAAUCUUCCAUUAGAUAAAAAGCAUUUGACUUUUAAUUGGCCAGAAUUCAAGCAGAAAAGGGACGCUUAUGUCCAUAGAUUGAACGGUAUAUACCAGAAGAAUUUGGAUAAAGAAAAAGUGGAUGUUGUAUUUGGAUGGGCCAGGUUUAAUAAGGACGGUAACGUUGAAGUGCAGAAAAGAGAUAAUACCACUGAAGUCUACUCGGCUAAUCAUAUUUUAGUCGCAACCGGCGGAAAGGCUAUUUUCCCUGAAAGCAUACCAGGUUUCGAAUUAGGAACCGAUUCUGACGGGUUCUUCAGGUUAGAAGAGCAACCCAAGAAAGUUGUUGUCGUUGGUGCUGGUUAUAUUGGUAUUGAGUUAGCAGGUGUUUUCCAUGGGCUAGGCUCCGAAACGCACUUGGUCAUUAGAGGUGAAACUGUCUUGAGAAAAUUUGAUGAAUGCAUCCAGAGCACCAUUACCGACCAUUACAUAAACGAGGGCAUCAAUGUUCAUAAACUAUCCAAAAUUGUUAAGGUGGAGAAGAAUGAAGAAACCAACAAAUUGAAAAUACAUAUGAAUGACUCAAAGUCCAUUGAUGACGUUGACGAAUUAAUUUGGACAAUUGGACGUAAAUCCCAUCUCGGUAUGGGUUCAGAAAACGUAGGUAUAAAGCUGAACUCUCAUGACCAAAUCAUUGCUGAUGAAUAUCAAAAUACCAAUGUUUCUAACAUUUAUUCUUUAGGUGACGUUGUUGGAAAAGUUGAAUUGACUCCUGUCGCCAUUGCAGCAGGUAGAAAGUUAUCUAAUAGAUUGUUUGGUCCUGAGAAAUUUCGCAAUGACAAACUUGAUUAUGAAAACGUCCCCAGUGUAAUAUUUUCACACCCAGAAGCCGGUUCCAUUGGUAUUUCUGAGAAGGAAGCCAUUGAAAAAUACGGUAAGGAGAAUAUUAAAGUCUACAAUUCUAAAUUCACCGCUAUGUACUAUGCUAUGUUGAGUGAAAAAUCGCCUACAAGAUAUAAAAUUGUCUGUGUGGGGCCAGAUGAGAAGGUUGUCGGUCUGCACAUUGUUGGUGAUUCCUCUGCAGAAAUCUUGCAAGGGUUUGGUGUUGCCAUAAAGAUGGGUGCCACCAAGGCUGAUUUUGAUAAUUGUGUUGCUAUUCAUCCAACUAGCGCAGAAGAAUUGGUUACUAUGAGAUGA